AUGAUUUUGUUUAUUUCAGAUGAAGCCUUAGAAGACCUGAUAUCAGAAAUCGUCAGAGCUAGCAAUAGGGGAGUGUCUGCCAUCAGAAACGCGACAGGGGAACCGAACUGGAGUUACGGGCAUGUGACGCCUCUAAGUAGGAGUGGCAAGAUAUUUUGCAUAGUGUAUGCAGUAGUUGGAAUCCCUUUAACGUUGGUCCUGUUGUCUGCGUUGGUAGAAAGGCUACUAAUACCAACGAUAUGGCUGCUACAAUGGCUCAACUCCCGUUUGGGACAUCUAUACCAGCCUUUUAACAUAAGGAUCGUGCAUUUGUUCGUUAUAGGUGAUCCAAGGUGAUUCCAGUCAGUAGUGAUGCUUCCUGAGGAAGAUCAGAGAUGCAGCAGCGUUUACUCAUUUGAGGAAUGUAAUAUUUGAAGAUCAUACUCAUAAUCUCCACUACGAAAAGUUCAACAGCUGCAGUUGUCAACCCCUGAGGUCCUGAGAAUUAUCAGAAGUUCGGAAAUUACUUGUGAUCUAACCCAAGGAUAUUUGCAG